AUGCCUAAUUGGAAUCAAAUUCAAUCACAGCUAAGACAUCCCGCGAAUCCAGUGGUGUUUUUUGAUGUCUCAGUAGGCACAACUGAAAUUGGUAGGAUGAUUUUUGAACUUUUUGCUGAUGUAGUUCCAAAAACCAGUGAAAAUUUUAGACAGUUUUGCACUGGAGAAUUUAGAAAAGACGCGGUACCGCUGGGCUACAAAGGAGCAGGCUUUCACAGAGUAAUAAAGGACUUCAUGAUCCAAGGAGGUGAUUUUGUCAAUGGUGAUGGUACAGGCGUUAUGAGUAUCUAUGGAGGCGGUACUUUUUCCGAUGAGAACUUUACGUUAAAACACGACACACCCGGACUUUUAUCCAUGGCGAACAGUGGUAAAGACACUAACGGUUGUCAGUUUUUCAUCACUUGUGCUAAGUGUAAUUUUUUGGACAGUAAACACGUAGUUUUUGGAAGAGUAAUCGAUGGACUAUUAGUAAUGAGGAAAAUCGAAAAUGUUCCUACUGGACCUAAUAAUAAACCAAAAAUACCCGUUACUAUUGUUCAAUGCGGGCAAAUGUAA